UCGUCCCGCCCAUCUGGCUCUGACCUGUCAAUGGAUACUCUUUCUCUAUCUCUCUGUCUCUCUCUCUCUAUAAAUACAGAUGGAAUUCUGAGUUUGCUUCUCACAUUUUCAAAUUUUCUCAUUCAACAAACAAACACAGAGAAGUAGUUGAUCAGACCAGAGAGAACAGAGAGGAAUGGUGAAUAUUGUGAAAGAACGUCGGCUUGUGGUCAGGAAGUUUCUGGCCAGGCCUCAGCAUGAAGGUGUCGGCGCCAUUGUUAGAAGAAGCAUAGGAAGGUUUGAGCUGAAGUACUUUGAUCCUUUUCUUGUGCUGGAUGAAUUCUCAGUUUCUUCACCUGCUGGAUUUCCUGAUCAUCCACACAGAGGAUUUGAAACAGUCACCUACAUGUUGCAGGGUGCUGUAACACAUGAAGAUUUUGAGGGACACAAGGGGACAAUAGGAGCUGGUGAUUUGCAAUGGAUGACUGCUGGAAGAGGAAUCGUUCACUCAGAAAUGCCUGCAGCCCAAGGAACUCAGAGAGGCUUACAGUUAUGGAUCAACCUCGCCUCCAAACACAAAAUGAUUGAGCCUGGGUAUCAAGAAGUGGCAAGCAGGGACAUUGCAGAAGCUGCACAGGAUAGAAUCAAGGUCAGAGUGAUCGCCGGCGAGGCACUAGGAACCAAGUCAGCAGUAUACACAAGGACACCAACCAUGUACUUGGACUUCACUCUGAAGCCAGGAGCUCAUCUGCAGCAGCCGGUACCGGUUUCCUGGAAUGCAUUUGUGUAUGUGUUGGAAGGCGAAGGCAUCUUCGGCAGCCCAGAUUCUUUGGCUGCAACAUCGCACCAUCUUCUACUUCUGGGCAAUGAUGGGGAUGGUGUUGAGGCAUGGAACAAGUCCAUGAAGCCCCUCAGGUUCAUUCUGGUUGGAGGCCAGCCCUUGGGUGAACCAGUGGUGCAGUACGGCCCUUUUGUGAUGAACACUGAGGAAGAGAUUGACCAAACUAUUCAAGAUUAUGAGAAUUGCACCAAUGGAUUUGAGAAAGCUAGGCAUUGGAGAUCAGAAGCCACACUGGGUCUUGACGAAUAGGCUCUAAUGGCAGUAAUCUAUUCAUUGUUUGAUUCAGCUUGAAAUGAAAUAGAAGUUGUUAAUGUCGCAAAAUGUAUCUUCAACUUAGUGAAUGAUAUGUAAUUUCAUUUAAUUUAUCAAUCUUAUCGUAGUGAGGUCAAUCUUAUUUA